AUGACGGACGACAGACAGAGACAGAGGUUCGUGUGCGUCUAUGCACGUUCUCUUGCCUAAGGCAUACCAAGAGAGAGAGGAUAGAGGGCAAGACUAGGGUGGCAGUUGCGCAGGUUUUGGCACCGCGUCGUACGCAGGUACGGAGGAGUACGGGCACGAUCAUGACGAGACGAAGAACAACGUUGCUUGCGCUGCUGCUGGGGUGGUGCGCGGUUGACGCAUCAGCGAAGGGCGUAGUCCAGGCUUUGGCCGGGUUAGUGGUUGGAGCGGUGGCUGGCCGGUUCUCUCAGAGGGUCCCAGGGCUGCGGCCAGCAGGUUCAGAUGAACCGCGGCGGCCCUUGUUCGAAGCGGAGGGCUGGGAGGGCGAGGCCGACGUUUCCGACUGGGAGCCGUUUCGACUGCUGGGGCGGUCGAUGGUUGACUACAUCGCCGACUACUACCAAGGGGUCGAGUCCCUCCCCGUCCGGGCGAUCGUGGAACCUGGGUAUCUAAAGAAACGGGUGACACAGCGAGAGUUUCCGACGAAAGGUGAGGUUUGGAGCGACAUCAUGGCGGACGUGGAGUCCCACAUCAUGCCCGGGAUUACCCACUGGCAACACCCAAGGUUCUUCGCGUGGUAUCCGGCCGCUUCUUCCCCUCCCGCCAUCUUGGGCGACAUGCUGGCUUCGAUGUUCAACGUGAUAGGCUUCAGCUGGGAGGCCAGCCCCGCGUCGACAGAGUUGGAGACCGUGGUCCUCGAUCAGCUCGGGAGGGCGGUGGAUCUCCCCGAGGCUUUCUUGUCGAGCGGGGGCGGGGGGGGCGGGGUCAUCCAGGGGUCUGCGAGCGAAGGGACCUUAGUGGCCGUGGUGGCGGCGAGGACGAGGGCUCUCAAGCACAUGCGGAGGCGGAGCCCUGCCGGAGUAAGCGAUAGCGAGCUGCUGGCGAAGAUGACCCUUUACGCCAGCGACCAGGCGCACUCGUCCGUGCAGAAGGCGGCCAACAUUGCCGGGCUCGGGUCCAACCUGCGCCUCAUUCCCACCAGCGGGAGCUGCGAGGACGGGCAGCGGUGCUACACCCUGGACGCCGCCGAGCUGUCGGAGGCCAUGCGGGAGGACGAGGCCGCCGGCCUGACGCCGGUGUUCGUGAGCGCGAACGUCGGCUCGACGAACACUUGCGCCGUGGAUCCCGUUCGCUCGCUCGGGGAAGCUUGCCGCAGGUUUGGUGGCUGA